UAUAUUCCCCACUUUUAGUAACACCUUUUCAAAUGCUGAUAUCGCUAGAUAAGCUUUUCCGGUGCAGAUUUUCCUUUCGGUUUAACAAAGUUUUCCAGAAAUGUGUCUUUUAAAAGAAUGUGUCAAGUUUGUAGUGCUUGCUUUCAAUCUUGUAUUUGUGCUCGUGGGGGCCGCUCUUAUUACUAUAGGUAGUAUUUACUUGGCCAACUUCACUGAUGUGACCAAAGCCAUUCCGGAUCCUUACAACCAUUUCAAUUUAAUCCCAAUCUUAACAAUCGUCACUGGUUCUAUUAUUUUUGUGAUUUCGUUUUUCGGCUGCUGUGGUGCAUGCAGGAAUAGUCCAUGUCUUCUCUCUACGUACGCUGUGAUUCUUCUGAUCAUCUUCAUAGCCCAAAUAGCAUUAGGAGUAUUCGCAUUUUUGGAAAUUAAAAAUAAAGAUGACUUAUCGAAAGAAGUUAACAAGACAAUUGAUGAACUGUUUCACAAAAAUUCUAAAGCCGAUGUUGAACUUAUUGGCUUAAUUCAGCAAAAUCUUAAGUGCUGUGGAACAGACGGGCCGGAAUUUUGGGACACAAUGCCGAAUAAGACAAUCCCUGUUUCCUGUUACGAAGAUAAAAAAGAAACAACUAAGAAUUUGUUUAAGAAUGGUUGUAAAAAUACGUUCUACAAUUUUUUGAUAGAUGCUGCUAGGAUCAUCGGAAUCGUCGUUUUAGCCUUGUCAGCCACUGAAGUUGUGGGGGCCACUUUUGCCUUAUGUUUGGCGAAUUCAGCGCGAAAUGACAUCCGAAGGGGUGGUUACUAUUAAAGUAAUAUUGUUAAACUAAACAAAUACAACUUACAAACAUUA